GCAACGGAGGAUGAAAUAAACAAAGCCUAUCGAAAACGUUGCCUUAUCUUCCAUCCUGACCGACACAACGAUGAAGAUGAUAAAAAAGAAGCUGAGAAAAUUUUCGUUCAACUUCGACGUGCUCAUGAAACACUGCUAGAUCCCAAAAAACGAGCGAUUUACGAUGCCCUUGGCGUGCAAGGCCUCGACACACAAGGAUGGGAACUUGUCUCGAGAUCUGCGAAUCCUGAAAAUAUCAGACGAGAGUACGAUUUCCUGCAAAGGUUGAAGGAACAGGAGCUAAUGUUACAGCGAAUUCAUCCUUCUACUGGAUUUAUUGUGAAGACAUCGUUAGCCGGUUUGUUCCCCGAGGAUCCAGACGAUAGGUACCCUCCUCAACUCAUUGGAAUAUCCAUUACACAAUCGGUGGAUUGUGCGAUGACCGAUGCUGAUCGAGUUGGACUUGUCGGCAGAGUAAAAACUGGUAACGGUCGGGGUGAUGGCAAUGUCUCCGUAUUGUGGAAGAGAAGCGCGGGGAAAUUCAAUAUAGAGAACACACUUACUGCGUCAAGUGAUAUGGUCAAUUUAACGUGUCGUAUUGCUCGAAGUCUUUAUACUCGAGCCGCAUUCAUUAUCCAACCAUCUAUUCAGUACUUUCCUAUGCAAGAGACUUUUGCUCCAGCACUGACAUUGAUUUAUUCGAUACGACUACGAGUUCGUUGGCAAGGGAGUAUAAUAUUGAACCUUACUCCAGCAGGAAGUGCACUUACUACUACUCUAGUACAUACGGAGAACAAUCAACCGAAAGCAGUCGCCAACUUCACGUUAUCUCCUACAAAUUCGCAUGUGCGCUUGGCGUACUUUGUACGAAAUCCAGAUCGUGACGCGUUCACCGAAAGUGCGGUACAGUUAUCCAUGUUCGGAAUUACCCCUUCCAUCCAUUUCGAACGGAGAUUGUCACGAUUUUCAAGGAUUGGAUGUGCUCUCGUUCUCUCUUUUCCUUCGUGCAUGUUAUCUGCUAAAUUCAACGAAAUUGCAGUUUAUUCGAUACGACUACGAGUUCGUUGGCAAGGAAGUAUAAUAUUGAACCUUACUCCAGCAGGAAGUGCACUUACUACUACUCUAGUACAUACGGAGAACAAUCAACCGAAAGCAGUCGCCAACUUCACG